AUGGAGGAUAUCUGUAAACGGCUUGAUAGCGUGCUCAUAGAGUAUUUUGACCUGAUAGCAGAAUACCAGGAACAAUGGAGUCAAAUUUGUAAAGAGCUGGAAACAGGGUUUAUAACGUUAGCUCACGCAAAGUACACUAUGGGCCCUAUUAAUAUUUCACGAUAUAAAUAUGAUGCACGAAUGAAAGCUAUCAGCAGAGUUGUCAUGUCUCAAACGAUAGCCGGCGACUCUGAAGGAACCACACAUUAUGAAUAUCGUCUGGCGAACCAUUUACAUAAUCAACAUGAUGAUGGAGUUAAAAUUGGGUCUGAAAUAGAGGAUCACAGUGAAACAAACUCUAUUCGUAGACGUAAAACAUUCGCCGGUGAAACAGAAGAUGGGGGAAAGGGUGAAGCACAAGAUAAACGCGUACGCACCAAUCCGUUAAAUUGGUUCGGGAUCCUGGUUCCAAUAUCGUUGCGAGAGGCUCAGGCGCAUUUUGAACGAGCAGAAUCGAACGAAGGCGCGAAAGGUUACAGAAAUCAACAGAGAGAAAGACAACUCAAUGGAGGACAUGGUCGCUUUAUUUUCAAUUAUCCAAAGGAUCCACAGCGAAAACAUGAAAUAAUAGAUUACACGACCGGGGAUGAAGAAUCUGACACGGAGACGAUAAACGAGAACGUUCCAGGAGAUGAUACCGAUAAACGAUCUACACUGUCGCGUAUGGAAUUGGAUACCGAUGAUUUCGAUCCAACCCCUUCAAGAAGAAGAGUCGGUGGCGCUUCACGAAAUGACGAUGGGGAUGAGAUUCUACUUGGUUUCAAGAAAUCGUAUUUGGCAGAUUUGUUAUUGCCAAGAUCUGGCAGUAUCAAGGACUUUCAACUUACCAUAAAAAAAAAAGACGACGACGAAAACGUAACGGACAGUCAAGAUAUUGACCAACCCGCCGGAGCAAAGGUGCCGUCAACAACGAAACCAGCGAACCGGCUGACCGAUUUUCAUCUGGUCUUUGUUCUGGAACCGCCUGAACUGGAAUUGAUUCAGCACGUGGAUAAAAUGUUCAAGCAUGUUAUAGCAAAAAUCACUGCUGCUCUCUACUAUGAACAAGACAGAUGUGAUUAUGUGAGACAGCAAGCUGACUUGAUAAUGCAAUUGAAAGAUGCUGCAAGAUUAGAUAAAUCGGCAGAUGAGCUUAUGCAAAUAACUUUGAAAAAAAGUACUCUUGCUAGGACGAUAGCGGAUGUCUAUGAUGCAAUAUCCAUAGACUCAACAGCUCACGCCCUUGUUAAUGAUUAUAUUGACAUCUCAUUGCAGAUACCAUCGUUUUCACCUGACCAAGACGACAAUAGACAGGAUUUGUAUGAAUAUACACAAUUUCCAGUCAUAACUCCGCACAAGACACUCUUAUUGUUAGAGGAUCCUCAAGAUAUUUUGAAAGCUAUGCCUUUGGACGCAAAUCCCACACUAGUUCAGCUUAUACAAGUUAUUACCCCUACACAAAGCCUGAACGCGCUAACUGCUGAUUUCAGUCAACACUGUCCGAACUUGGACCUAAUAACAUUACUGUCCGAGCUAAAUACUCCUGCGCCUAGCAAAUUGGAAGACAUCAUUCCCACCACUUUCAAAGAGCAGAAGACGAUUUAUUUUGACGCUAUUGCUUACCUUUUGCGUAAGGAUCUUAUCGUACAAUUGCAUGCGUACAUCCUUGUAAUGGUCCCACCAUAUGUUCAUAUGGGAUGUACGCGCGACGAAUACGAAAGGAAAUUAAGAGAAGGAAGUUAUGAUCACUCUAAGAUUAUAUCAACACCAAUUGCGCCUCCUGAACAAGCAAGCGAUGCAGAGCGUAAUUGGCUUAAUAACAUUACUGCCAGGAGGCCUGAAGAGAUACGAUCUCUCUUUGACAGGUAA